AUGAAAAGUUUUUUUCUUGUACUCAUGUUUAUAACAUGGGAUGUCACGACAUCCACCGAAUAUACAUGCGAUCGACAUGCUGCAUGUGGUUGUUCAAAACGAUCAACAAUUGUCCUUUCGAAAAUCAUUGGUGGUGAACCAGUCAAUGUAUCUCAUACAUGGGGGUGGAUAGGUUCUUUACGGCGAGAUGGUUACCAUCAAUGCGGUGCUUCUCUCCUAACUCCACAACAUGUGAUAACAGCUGCACAUUGCGUAAAUGAUAUUAUUUUACUCUCACGUUUAUCAUUGAAUUUUGGGAUAACAAAUCUCUCAUACAUUGGUCAGUUACGUAAUGUUUCGAAAAUGUAUAUUCAUCCUGAAUAUAAUGCUGCAGCGUACUUAAAUGAUAUUGCGAUAUUACGUCUUGAUGAACCAUUGAAUUUAAUGUACUCAAAUUUAUCGACAAUAUGUCUACCGGCAGUGAAAGAUUAUAACGUCAGUGAAAGUGAAUAUCCUCCUGCGAAUGUUGAACUUGUUGCCAUCGGCUGGGGUGUGACCGAAGCUUUAGGAAGUAUACCUUCACAAAUAUUACGACAAGUUACUGUUCAAGCUAUAUCGCGAACAGAUUCCAAUUGUCAAAGUACAAUUUACAAUGAUACAGUUCAGUUUUGUGCGGGUCUUCCCGAAGGUGGAAAAGAUACAUGUCGCGGAGACAGUGGUGGUCCAUUGAUGCUCUUUAAAAAUCGACGAUGGGAACUGGCGGGCAUUACAAGUUACGGGGAAAUCUGCGCAGCUGAAGGUAUCCCUGGUGUUUACACGCGCGUUGCUUAUUUUCAAUCGUUUAUCACAGAAACACUUCGUUCUGAUGUUGCAUCAGCAUCGAAAGGUAAACAACUAAAUGCAGAUGGCGAAAAAAAUUCUAGUGUAAAGAUGUCUUAUGCAAAAAUGAUCAUUCAUUUCAUAAUUCUUUAUGUAUCGUUUUCUGUUGUAAAAACCGUGUUUUGA